AGACGGACAAAAGUUGAGUGGAGGAAUGUGAGUUUGUCUGAAGGGGAAUAAAGGCGUCCUGAUGGGAGAGAGUUUUGGAGGCAAAGGGAAAUUCUGACUAAAAAACGCGUCGUGAUUCCAAAAAUAACAACUCUGACUGGCUGGAAAACUCUCGAGAGGUUUUUUGGUUUUGGCUUCAAAACUUCACGUUCAGGAUUACUAAACACGUUUUGAGCUUAAAAAAGAAGAAGAAGAAAAAAGUUUACACUGCUUUUGGAAACAGAUUUUGAUGGCAAUUUUGGGGACGACCUGACAGCUUCACUGUUUUGAUCCUGAGGAUUCGAGUUUUCCCUGUUUUUCCUGCUGAAGCUUUUUUGAAGUUGACUAAGGAAUCUGCCUGAAUCGCUCAUCUGUGGGAAGUUGGAGCGCUGGAGCGAUGCGAUGAUGAAGAUGAUGAAGAUGAUGCGAUCUGAGUCCACCGAGUCCCACACGACACCGAACCCGAACCUGAAGCCGAAACCAGACAGAAGAAUGACCGGCUCGAAGCUUUUCACCGUGUUACUCAUGCUCGUGUUUCGCGUCGGGUCCGCGGAGCGUGUGUCAGGGCUAAGCUUCGUGGAGAGCCCUGGGAAUGUGACUUCCUCUCUUGGGAAGGCGGUGGAGGUCCAGUGCGCCCUGCUAGCCGACGGGGUGGACCUGGACGUGGUCUGGCUGAGGGAGGGACAACCGCUGCACUUUGCUGAACUCAACCAGAUGCAGGUCCCCGAAGAUGAAAACAGCUGGCUGGUUAUCAGUAAACUCAAGAUAGAGGAGCUAACGCUCUCGGAUAUGGGCUCCUAUCAGUGCGCGGUUUACUCCGGUUCAGAGGUGACAUUAUCCACUGAGGGGCACAUCCAAGUAGAAGGUCUGCCCCAUUUCUCAGUGGAACCGCACCAUUUGUCAGUAGUGGCCAAUGUAGGGCUGAGUCUGCACUGUGAGGCUCAUGGUCCUCCUGAACCUGUACGGGUCAUCUGGCUACAGGACGGGGCUCCUCUCAAUAACCUGGAGGACCCCAUAUCCCUGUCGCCCUCAACGCUACACCUCUCAGGUCUGAAUAAAACCAGCUCUUUCUCCUGUGAGGCGCACAAUCGCAAAGGUGUGGCGUCGUCCGGCACGGGCACUGUGACGGUCCUUCCUGCCCAGCCCCAUGACAUUAAAGCCGAAGACAUCACUAAUUCAAGCAUCCGUCUGUCUUGGCACAUGGGCUUUGGAGGAAUCUAUCCCAUCAGCCUCUGCAGUGUUCAGGUUAAAGCGUCCGGUGAAGACUCUGAUCAGCUGAUCUACAACCAAAGUGUCAGCGCGCCAGACACCAGCCGUCUGAUCUCAGAUCUGGAAGCGUUCAGCCAAUAUGAUUUCAGGAUGGCCUGCCGGAGCAGUCAGGGUGUCUCUAACUGGACGGCAUGGCUUCCCAUCAGCACCAGCGAAGGAGUUCCGGAUUCGGCGCCAGACAAUGUGACGGUUGUGGUGAACGGAACAGAAGUGUUCCUGAGAUGGGCCGAACCGCCUGGACGGAUCAACGGCCGACUGCAGGGAUACAUGACGGAGUACAGCGCGCCGAGUGUGGAACAGGUUCUGGUGGACACGGGUUUGGACACAGAGCUGCUUGUCAAUCUCUCAGCGCCCCUGUCCAAUGUUUCCUUCAGAGUGUGUGCGUACACCGGCGCAGGACAGGGACCCUGGACGCCCCUCCAAACCAUCACGCUCUUAUGGAAAGAAACCGGGCAAUCCAGAGGCCUCUCGGGUCCUCCGGCGUUCUCCUGGCACUGGUGGUACGUGGUGAUGGCCAUCGCCGUCGCUGUCGCUCUAGCCGUGCUCUUGGCUGUGUACAUGACCAGGCUGCGGCGGAAGGAGACGCGCUUCGGGGAGGCAUUUGAACCCAUGAUGGAGAGCGGUGAACUCGUGGUUCGAUACCGAGCUCGUCGCACGUACAGCCGACGCACGACAGAAGCUACACUAAACUCUCUGGGGAUCAGCGAUGAGCUCAAACAAAAGUUACAGGACGUGAUGGUGGACAGACAUAAGCUAACGCUGGGAAAAACACUCGGGGAAGGUGAGUUCGGCUCUGUUAUGGAGGGUUCACUCACUCAGGAGGACUCUGUGCUCAAAGUGGCAGUGAAGACCAUGAAAAUUGCUAUCUGCACUCGCACAGAAAUGGAAGAUUUCCUGAGAGAAGCGGCGUGCAUGAAGGAGUUCGACCAUCAGAAUGUCAUGCGGCUUCUAGGUGUGUGUCUGCAGACAGUGGAGAGUGAAGGCUAUCCGUCUCCUGUUGUCAUUCUGCCCUACAUGAAGCAUGGAGACCUGCACAGCUACCUGCUGUACUCCAGACUGGGAGACACUCCUGUGUAUCUGCCCUCUCAGAUGCUGGUGAAGUUCAUGACGGAUAUCGCCAGAGGAAUGGAGUACCUGAGUGACAAACAUUUCAUUCACAGAGACCUAGCAGCUCGAAACUGCAUGUUAAAUGAGAACAUGAAUGUGUGUGUGGCUGACUUUGGCUUGUCUAAGAAGAUCUAUAAUGGGGACUACUACAGACAAGGGCGCAUCUCUAAGAUGCCCGUCAAGUGGAUCGCCAUUGAGAGUCUGGCAGACAGAGUCUAUACCACUAAGAGUGAUGUGUGGUCGUUUGGAGUGACGAUGUGGGAGAUUGCGACUCGAGGUCAGACGCCGUACCCUGGAGUGGAAAACAGUGAAAUCUAUGAUUAUCUGAGGCAGGGAAACCGUCUGAAACAACCUCCAGACUGCCUGGACAGCAUCUAUUCCCUGAUGUUUUCCUGCUGGCUGUUGAGCCCGAAGGACAGGCCGAGCUUCGAGAUCUUGUGCGGCGAGCUGGAAAAGGUCCUGGGAGAUCUUCCGAGCCAAGACCCGGAUGAGAUACUCUACGUCAAUAUGGAUGAGACGUCUGGAGAGCUGGGGGCCGUUGGGGGCCGUGACCCCUUAACGGGGGGUGUCCCCUGUGUUCUCGGGGCCCUGAAGGGUUCGGGCUCUGUGGCCACUGUGGAAGUCCACCACCCCAGCCGGUACGUGAUCUGCCCCCAACAUGAGAACCAGCGGCUGCUCAACGCAGACUCCCUGGAGAGCCUGAACCUCACGGGACCCGUCCCGCCACUGCAGCCCUCGUCCUGCUCCACUCCAGUGCCGCCCUCCGAGAGCCAGGCCCCCGAGGACAGAGACGAAAUGAAGUGCGUGCCCUGGCAGGGCUGAGCUAUUGCUCCAGACUGAGCUAAUGCUCCUACCCCAUCAAUUUGCACACACACACAUGCAAACAUGUUUUUCUUUGCAUUCCAAAUUGUCCUUUCUCUUCAGUGUAGGUUCAUCUAAUCAAGUCUUACACUGUGUCCUAACCAGAAAGGAUGUGAUACGUUUCCAGUCAUUUUCAAAACAAAAUUGUGUUUGAGUUAUAACACCACCCUAACCCGGUAUAUUAAACUUCGGUUGUAACUGUGCGUUCACACCGAGCGCGAAUAGCACAUCAAAUUCGCGUCUACUGCGUCUAGUUUGACGCUUGACCACUUUGUGUUAAUUCACGCGUCAAGAGUGAAACUGACGCACGUAAAAACAAAAGU